AUGCGGCCCGGCUGGACCUGGCUGAGGUUCAUUCUGACCUUGGCCCUGACCUUGGUCCUAGCCUUGACUUUAACCCUGGUUCUAGUCUCCAUCUCCCUAGAGGGGCCCAGACAGGAACCGGGAACGGGCCGGGGUCGCCGGGGCCACUUUUUCGUCCCCAUCUAUGUCAGCAGUUGGGCUGUGCUGCUGCCUGGGGGCAGCCAGGAGGCCAAGCGCUUGGCUCGAAAGUUCGGCUUUGUCAACUUGGGGCAGAUCAUCCAAGGCCAGCACUAUUACCACUUCCAGCACCGGGGUGUGGCUUCGAGAGCCCUCAGCCAGCACUGGGGUCACAGCCUGAGGCUGAAGAAAGACCCUAAGGUCCACUGGUUUGAGCAGCAAACACUGAAGCGCCGGGUGAAGAGAGAGAAUUUUGUGCUACCCACAGACCCCUGGUUCUCCAAGCAGUGGUAUUUGAACAACCAAGUCCACCCUGACCUGAACGUCCUGGAGGCUUGGAAAAAAGGUUACACAGGCCAGGGGGUUGUGGUGUCCAUCCUGGAUGACGGCAUAGAGAAGGACCAUCCUGAUCUGCAGGCUAACUACGACCACCUCGCCAGUUAUGACUUCAAUGACAAUGACCCUGACCCACAGCCUCGAUACACUCCCAUGAAUGACAAUCGGCAUGGCACCCGUUGCGCUGGAGAAGUGGCCGCUGUAGCCAACAAUGGGAUCUGUGGUGUGGGUGUGGCCUACAAGGCCAAGAUUGGAGGUGUGAGGAUGCUAGAUGGCUCCAUCACUGACAUUGUAGAGGCCCAAUCCUUGAGCCUUCAGCCUCAGCACAUCCACAUCUAUAGUGCCAGCUGGGGUCCUGAAGAUGACGGGCGCACAGUGGACGGCCCUGGGGUGCUGACUCAAGAAGCCUUCUCCCAGGGGGUCAACACUGGUCGCAGCAACCUGGGCACCCUGUUUGUCUGGGCCUCAGGCAACGGCGGCCUUCACUUUGACAACUGCAACUGUGAUGGCUACACCAACAGUAUCCACACGUUGUCUGUGGGCAGCACUACCCAGCAUGGCCUCAUACCCUGGUACAGUGAGGCCUGUGCCUCCACCCUCACCACCACCUUCAGCAGUGGCCUCACCAACGACCAGCAGAUUGUGACCACAGACCUGCACCAUAAGUGCACAGAUAAGCACACGGGAACAUCAGCCUCUGCCCCAUUGGCUGCCGGCAUGAUCGCCCUUGCCCUGGAGGCCAACCCUUUCCUUACCUGGCGGGACAUGCAGCAUCUAGUCGUAAGGGCUUCCAAGCCAGCCCAACUGCAGGCUGAGGACUGGGCCAUCAAUGGAGUGGGACGCAAAGUUAGCCACCACUAUGGCUAUGGGUUGCUGGAUGGUGGGCUUCUGGUGGAUUUGGCCAAGAAGUGGACUAUGACCCGUCCCCAGCUGAAAUGUUCUAUCAAGAUCAUCAACACCCCCAUUCCCAUCGAGCAGAGGAUGCAGGUGAGCCAAAACGUGUCAGCCUGCCAAGGGGAAGACCCUCACAUCCGCUCGCUGGAGCAUGUCCAGGUACAGCUGUCGCUUACCUACAGCCGCCGAGGGGACCUGGAAAUCACACUCACCAGCCCCAUGGGCACACAUUCCACCCUGGUGGCAGUCAGGCCCUUUGACACCAGCAGCCGAGGUUAUAAGAAUUGGAUCUUCAUGUCCACACACUUCUGGGAUGAGAACCCACAGGGCAUCUGGAUCCUGGAACUAGAGAAUAAAGGCUAUUAUUAUAACUUUGGGACCCUGCAGAGCUAUACUCUGAUUCUAUAUGGGACAGAGGAGGACAUGUUGGCCCGGAAGCUGAGCACGCAGGUUAUCAGUGAUUGCUUGCGGCGAGACACCAAGGGGCUGUGCCAAGAGUGCAUCAGUCCCUACUAUAUCCUGGGCCAUCUCUGUCUCUCCUAUUGCCCUCCCCGAUAUUUCAACUGGACUCGCCAGGGCUCGACCCCUGAAGAUGGGCAUCCUGCCUCCGAGGUCCGGAUCUGUGUCAGCUGUCACCCUUCCUGCUAUACGUGUCAAGGCCAUUCAUCCCAUGCCUGCACAGCCUGCCCGCCCCACUACACCCUGGACAAGAGGACUCGUUCCUGCUCCCCACCCCCAACUGCCUCCUCGCUGUCUCUCUCACUAUCCCAGCUCACCAGCUCUUUGCCCCCAGCCCAGCCAGAGCAGUUGAAGAAGAGGACCAUGAUGAUCCUGGCCAUGGCCUGUGGGAUUCCCCUGUUCUUCUGCAUCGUCUACUUCAGCUGCUACAUGCUGUGGACGAGCCUAGACAAACGGCGUCACCGCUGCCAGACUGGGGCCAGCCCUGGGCCUGGCCCGGCCUACCUGCCCUUCCGGACCACUAGUCCUGACAUGGCUGAGUCUUCCAACCCACCAUCAGACCUAGACAGUGAUAGCUCCUCCCCCGGCUAG